UUUCGCUUUCACUACAUUCUCCUCUCAGCUUAAAACCAAUCCAAUCCAAUCCACUACCACAAGCGAAACUCAUAGGAAGUGAAUAAUUUGAUCUACCUUGCCACUGAAUUUAUGGCAACCUUUCAAGUCUCAACCAUAUUUCCUUUGAGGGAUUCUUCAAAUCAAAAGCGUAUUCCUAAAGGAGUAGUUAUUGUAGCAACCAAUAAUGCACCAAAUGGCAAGGUGAGUCCACUUACUUCUCUUCCCAAGCUCCCAACCAGAAGUUUGGUUGAGGGCUUGGACAUGAAAACUGGUGCUUACAAAAUUCCAAGCUCCACUGUGCAAAAGGAAAUUGAUUCUAAUCCUACCAUUCACAGUACUAAUUCUGCAUUACAUAGUAGUGCAAAACUUUGUGAUCCAGUGGUGAUGUCUGAGAUAUAUGCAAUCAUGGAGGUAGUUGCUGAUAGAGUGGAGAUGCACAAGAACAUUGGAGCACAGCGCGACAAUUGGAACCACCUCCUUCUGAGUUCCAUCAAUGUGAUCACUCUCACUGCUGCAACCAUUGCAGGAAUUGCAGCUAGCAGUACUGCAAGUGCUGGAGUACCCUUUACGGCACUCAAGGUCUCUUCCGCUCUUCUCUAUGUAGCAGCCACUGGAAUGUUGGUGGUGAUGAACAUGAUCCAGCCGUCCCAACUAGCCGAAGAACAGAGAAUUGCAGCCAGAUUGUUCAAGCAGCUUCAUAGCCAGAUUCAAACAACAGUGUCUCUUCAAAACCCGAAUACAAUGGACGUGAAAGAAGCUAUAGAGAAAGUGUUGGCAUUGGACAGGGCAUAUCCACUUCCUUUAUUAGGUGAAAUGCUUGACAAAUUUCCCAAAACUGUGGAGCCUGCAAUAUGGUGGCCGCAACAGAAGCAGCUUAGCCGACGAGGAGUACCUGAUCAAGGAAUUGAAGGAAGAUUGGCAAAUAGAUCCAACAGUUGGAGUGCAAAACUUGAAGAGGAAAUGACAGAGAUUGUUGGGGUAUUGAAGAGCAAGGAUGUGCCAGAGUACCUGAGGUUGACCGAGAUAGCCUUGAAAAUUAACAGAAUUCUAGCCAUUUCUGGCCCUCUUUUAACAGGGCUUGCAGCUUUGGGAUCUGCUUUUUUGGGUUGUAGUACUUUUGGAGUUUGGAGCGGGAUGGUAGGAGUCAUUGGGGGAGCUUUGGCAAGUGUGGUGAACACAAUAGAGCAUGGGGGUCAAGUUGGAAUGGUGGUUGAAAUGUAUAGAAGCAAUGCUGGUUUCUUUAGGCUCAUGCAAGAGACCAUAGAAGCAAAUUUAAGAGAAAAAGAAGUUGGGAGAAGGGAGAAUGGGCAAGUGCUUGAAAUGAAGGUGGCUUUGCAGCUGGGAAGGAGCCUAUCAGAACUCAAGCAUCUUUCUGUCUUUUCUUAUGGAAGCAAGCUGUUCUAGACUAGUAGACUUCUAGUGCAUGUUAUGUUGGCUUAACCCUUAAACUUGUUUAGUCUUGUGAAGUAAUAUAUGUUAUCUAUUUAUUUAACGUCAAAGGAAAUUUACAGUUUAUCAAUACAUUGACAUAUGAUUAUAGAUCGGCUCCAUAUAUUAGUAGACUAAAUAUAUACAAUGAUUAUUAUACAUGGAGUUGGUUUACCAUUUCAUACAGCCCCGCAAUCAGUAGCACUGUUAGGUCUCAGGUUGAGAUAAUGCCUUGUUUAGUAAGGCUCAAUAUCUGAUCAAAUUCAAAUUAUGCAAAGCCCAUAAACAUAUUUUGAUUAAAGAGAGCCCCAAAAGUGAACAAAGAAAAAACUCAUUGUCGCUAAAAAGGAUGGGCUCUAGCAUUUUCUGGCUGAGUAUUGAGGCAUUUUCUUGUCACAACAACUCUACUUUAGUCAUUUAUAUUUUAUAGUCAACAACAAUUGAGGCUUCGUUUAUAAUAACUUCUACUGUCACUCAACAUGAUUGGUUAGUUGAACACUCUUAAUU